AUGGAGGCAGAUGAUUCAUCUUUGCACAUCGCAAUGUAUCCCUGGUUUGCUUUUGGCCAUAUCACUCCAUUCCUCCAUCUCUCUAACAAACUAGCCAAAAGAGGCCACAAAAUCUCCUUCUUUGUCCCAACCAGAACACAAUCCAAAAUUGAGCAUUUCAAUCACUUUCCCCACCUCAUCACCUUUGCUCCCAUCACCGUUCCUCACAUUGACGGCCUCCCUUUGGGCGCCGAGACCACUUACGAUGUGCCUAACCCUUUGUUGUUCCCACUCAUCAUAAUGGCCAUGGAAAAGACAAAGCUUCAAAUUGAACUUCUUCUUCGUAACCUCAAACCCGACAUUAUCUUCUUCGAUUUCGCUCACUGGAUACCAAAUUUGGCACGUCCGCUGGGCAUUAAAUCCGUCUUCUAUUCAAUUAUCAGUCCUGUUUCGAUAGGUUACGGUGUCGCUAGGGAAAACGUCCAGAAAAAAGAAGCUGAAAUAUCCGAACAAACUUUUUUGCAUCCGCCGCCUGAUUUCCCUGAUUCAUCGUCCAUGAAUCUCCACCUCCACGAGACAAAAUUCUUUGCUGCGAAUUCAAAGCCUCCACAAUUCGACGGCGGGUUUUUUUGUAGGGAAAUUGAAGGGCUAUAUAUAGAGUAUCUCCAAAGAAAGUUUAACAAGAUAUUGCUGCUUGCCGCACCAGUCAUGCCAGAGCCACCAGUGAGUACUAGUUUAGAAGAAAAAUGGGCGAAUUUUCUAGGUGGCUUCAAGGCUGGCUCGGGGAUUUACUGUGCUUUGGGAAGUGAGUGGACCCUAACAAAAGAACAAUUCCAAGAGCUUCUUUUGGGGUUUGAGCUUUCGGGGUUGCCGUUCUUGGCCGCGCUGAAACCACCUUACGGGGCUGAGAAGAUUGAGGAAGCGCUGCCGGAGGGGUUCGGAGAAAGAAUUAGAGGAAGAGGAGUGGUUCAUGGUGGGUGGAUUCAACAACGGCUGAUAUUGGAGCACCCUUGUGUUGGGUGUUUUGUCACGCAUUGCGGUUCGGGUUCUUUAAUGGAGGGAUUGUUGAGUAAAUCUCAGCUGGUUAUGAUACCUCAUGUAGGUGACCAUUGUUUUCGAGCGAGGCUCAUUGGUAACAUAUUCAAGGCCGGGGUUGAAGUGGAGCGAGCUGAGGAAGAUGGGUUCUUCACAAAGGAGAGUGUUUGCAAAGCGAUUAAAACAGUGAUGGAAGAAGAAAACUACUACUGUGACAAGGAUCAGAGCCAUCUCCAACCGUGCCAAGUUGCGAGAGAGAUAAGAGCCAACCAUGCCCAGUUGCGAGAGCUUCUUUCCCUUAAAGAUCUCGAGUCUUCUUACAUUGAUGAUUUUAGUAAGAAACUUCAAUUACUUCUGUAA